AUGAAUAAUUCGUCUCAGUCUUCAGAAAAUAAAUACUCUGUAAAUACUAAUUCAAGUCCUUGGAACGCACUUCAAGACGGAUCUAGGAAAAGUGCAUUUUUACCUUACAAGGCUUCCGUAACUGUGCUUACUAAUUUACAAAGGGGAAACACUAAAGCACAAACUUCUAUAAUUGGAACUGAAGAACUUAAUUUUCAUCAAAGAGCUGCUCAGGGAGAUUUAACAAUUAAAGAUAUCGAACAAGAGGAAAACAUUGAACUAUUCGAUGAUGACGGUUUGACACCAUUAAUGUGGGCUAGUGCUUAUGGUCAAUAUCCUAUUGUUGAUGCUUUAUUACAUUCUUCUGUCGGAGUUGAUGUUGAAAACCCUAAAGGUCAAACUGCAUUAUUAUUUGCUGCUUUCGGGGGUUACCAUGAAGUUGUCAGAUUAUUAGUUUCAGAGGGAGCAGAUGUUAAUCAUAGAGAUCAAUGUGGUAAUACGGCUUUAAUUUAUGCUGCAACUGGAAAUAAUCCUCACACGACAAAUGAAUUAUUAUCAAAAAAUGCUGAUUUUACAAUUGUCAAUAAUUUUGGAGAUAGUGCUUAUUCUGUAGCAGUAAAAAAGCAAAAUUUUGUCGUACAACAAGUUAUAGAAAAUCAUAUAAUUUCUCUUCUUGUUGGAAACACAUGA